AUGCCGGGCGUUCCUCCUGAUGCUGUCGACAACGUGAAGAAGCUCUUCAAGGGCCUCUUCAAGCGCGGCAAGAACAAGAAGCAAGACACCUCUGCGCCGACCACGCAAACGAGCCAGACUGGCACCGCCGCCCAGCAACAGCCGGCAUCGCAAUCGCAAGCCCCAGCCUCCCCGCCUCCCGCAACCCAACAGCAGACUGGCGCAGCAGCAGACACAAACAAGCCUCUGCCCGCUACCCACCCUCUAGCGACUGGCGAGCACAGCAAACCACAAGAAGCUGUCCCAGUUAACCACGCAGCGCAACCGGGCCCACCAGACGGCGCAAACGAUGCGACCACGAGAUUCGAGGCACAAGGUGUGUCGCCUGUUUCGACCACACCAGCAGCCGGCUCCGCGCCAGUCUCAGCUGUAGAGAAAGAUGCCGCACCUGCAGUACCUGCGAAGGACGUUGGCAACACAGACUCGAGCCCCGCAGCACCAGUGACCGACGGCGCAAAGGGGAACGCUCCACCUACUACAACCGCAGCAAGCAACCCUCUGACUGCGCCAAAGACCGAGUACAACACACUGGCAGCCUCGAAGCUUGACCCAGCCAGCUCGAACGCACCAGCCAAUGACCCAGCACAGUCGGCCGCAAACGCGACCAUCUCCUCUGUAGCACCAAACAGCACAACCGCCCAGCCCGCCGGCCAAGUGCCAAAGGAGACCAGCGCAGCCGCUCCAGCGACUGACGCAAAGCCAACGGAGACCGCUGCUGGCAACACAUUGACCAAACCGCUCACCGGCGACGAGAAAGAAACGGCGCAGGAAACUCCAGCGUCAGCACCGACCUACAAAGCAGCACCAGGCAUGAGUGCUACUUCUGGCCCUUUGGCUGAUUACCCUGAAGGUUCUACCACUGAAGAGACUCCCGCUGCUGCUGCCCCUGCGAAGUAG